UGUCCUUGGGAGUGUGUGAGGUCAGGCGGUGCGCGGAGCAGAAGGCCAUCGAGAAGGCCAGGCAGAACGACCUGACCCUUGAGGAGGAGGAACUGGUCCUGUCUCAGUGUGACGCCACAGGGGGCUUCGAACCCAGGCAAUGUGCGGGCAGUCUGUGCUUCUGUGUGGACGAGGCGGGGCAAAGUGUGGCCGCCAACCCUAACGGGACGUGUAAAGCCAUCGACAAAGUGAAGGAGGUGAACACCACCUUGACCUACAACUACGACUACGACACUCUGGUCAGCAAGAACCUGGUGGAGUCGUUCGUGGAAGCUGUGCAAGCCAAGUUCACAGAGAAAGGUAUCGCGGUCAAACUGGGGCGGCCUUACCGGGGCAGUGUGAAGAUUGACGCCACCAUCACCUCAGACAAGAACAAGGACCUCAGUCUGGUGAAGACAGUCGUGGAGCAGUCGGUGGCGACAAGUGACAUGGACCUGACGGUGGGCGGCGAGCAGCUGUCCCUGAUCAAAGAGGAGACGGUGGUGAAGGCCCGCACAGCCUCUCAGAUCGGAGGAGGAGGAGACGGAGGAGGAGGAG